AUGGACAGUGAAGCCGCAGGGGAAAGGGGCCCUAGGGGCCCCUCGCAGGAGGCCCCUAAGGAUGUCUCACGCCUCCUCCUUGCGGAUGCGUUGAAACUCCUGCGGGAGUCUGAGCCGCGCAAGAAGUUCGCAGGUAUGCAGCCGCAAGUUUCCGACGUCCUCGAGCCGCUGCAACUAAGCCCAGAGGAGCAGGAGUUGCGCAGAGAUCUCAAGGCUCCCCAGACUUCCGCCUCUGCAGCAGCUUCUCCCGGUGCUCUCGCAGGCUCUGCUGCUGCUGCUGCUGCUGCCGCUUCAGAAGCAGAAGGCGAUCCUGUGGGCUACGACCUCACCCUGCAGGAUGCUGCAACUAUUGCCGGGGUGCUGCGGCAGUUUGUAUACUUCUGCGGAUAUAGGACAGUGGCAGCAGCGGCUGCAUCUGCACUUGCAGCCGAGACUGCGGCAGACGGCUCGCUGCUGCUGCCAGACAUUGCAGCGGCGCAUCAGCGGCGGCAGUUCGAGGCAGCACUCACGGAGGCUGAAAGGCACAUGCAGGAAUGGGCAGACGCCGCUGCGGAGGAAGCCGGCUCGGCAGCAGCGGACAGUGCAGCGCCAAAACGCUCACCUGCAGAAGUUUUCGAUGAAGAGGAGGAGGCAGAGGAACUGGAUAUUGAAGGUUACGACCUCCACAGACAGUGGCUUCAGUGCCUAGGCGCGGCAGAGAGGGGCAGAGGCUCUCGGAAUGCGGCAGACGACGAGGCGGAAGGUCGGAGCAGCACACACACAGACAGCGAAGGCGAAAUCAGCGAUGGCAGCAGUGACAGCAGUCAGGAAGACUGCACUGGUGUGCUGUGGCUCGAAGGAAGGGCAGUCGGCGGAGUCGACUGUUUGGCCGUGGCAUGCAGCGCCUUGCUGCAGCAGCACGACACAGGGCCUCUUUUGCUCCUCUCCUUGCUGCUUCAACAUGUACACCCGGUGACCUUAUCCUUUGUGCGUUCUUCGCUCACGGAGCGCCUUUGUGGAGGGAAGGGCCAAACCUGCGAUCUUAUGGCCGUAGAACUCCUUUCCCUGUGGCUUGCUGCCCUUGCUGACGCUGCCGACGCUCAGCAGCAAGGGCAGCCGCUGCAGGGGAGACAGAUGGGGAGAGUGGACCGCCUGCGGGAACGCGCCGUGCUGGCAGCAGCGUGCCUAGAACGCUUCAAGGAGUCCGAUCUGAAGGUCGUGUGUGUGGCUUUAAAGACGGCCCUCAGCAGCAAGCUGCCUCUACAACAGCGCGGAGAUCAUGCAGAGGCGCUCGAAAACGGUCCCAUCAGUGCUAAGACUCUUCAUGACCUGUUCCAGUCCUUUCAGGAAGCGGCGCUCGCAGCGUUGGACUUUGCGGAGGAAAGCUUGGACAAGGCAACGAACUGGAGGCCGGCUGAAGUAUUGGAGGGCUUAACUGCAGCGGCGCGGCUACUAGGGGCAUGGAUUUCUCUCGAGCCUUCGGAGCACGGCACACGCGUCAGCUUUUUUCUAAGCGUUUUAAGCCGCUCUUUAGCGUGCAUGCCACGAGCAUCCGUGAGCGACCUGGGCUGCCUCUGCAGCUCGCUGAUUGCAGCGGCCUUCUUGUCGCCUCUCGUUGAAAAUCCCAGCAAGUAUAUUCUGCAAGUUGAGAAGCACCGACGGCAGCAGCAGCUGCUGGAGCAGCAGCUCGAUGCAGCGGAGGGCCCUCCUGCACGUUCUGCGCUGCAGCCGACUUCGCCAGCAGCAGAGAGCAGCCGCACUUUGCAGGCUGCCCAGCUUCUUCCGCCGUGUCCGUUCCCGUUGCCAGCAGAUGCAAGUCCCCUUAGAGGCAACGCCUCAGCAGAGCUGUGUGUGAAGACUGGGGUAACUGUUCAUCGGGCGUUGCUGAUGCUGAUGAAGAGCGGCAGCAGCAGCAACGUAAAGGCGACAGCAAGAGCCGUUACUGCAGUUGCUGGCGCUGCUGCCUUUUCGGCGCAGACUUUUGCACAGGCAGCGGCACUGCAGGAGCAGCUGCUCCUGCACCCUAAGCCCUUCCGUUCUGUAGGGGUUGGCGUCGGCAGCCUGGCUGAAGUGAAGAAGUGCCUCUUGUGGAUCUCGGAUGUCACCAGCUGCUGCGCAGCCCUUGUCGGCCUUCGGUGCUCGGCAGCAGAGCUGCAGGAGCUGGUGUCUCCUCAUCAGCAAGAGCUGCUUUGGCACUCGCUAGCGUCUCAGUUGAUUCUACUCCGUCCCGAUUCCCCGACAGACUUCCUUGGGCACCUUGACGAAAGCACAACAUUGUGGCUAAGGGCAUCGAGAAUAACUCUGUUUCUUUCGCAAAAGCAUCCCGGUGUUUGUGGAGCAUUAGCCAUUGCUAUCAAUCAAUGGAAACCACGUGCCACUGGUGCUCUUGUGCUACAGAGGAGCAAGUGCAAGGCCUUCCUGUGCGGAUCGCCGGGAGCUUCUCAGGACGGUGUGUGGGAAGAGGAAGACGACCUCCUCCUUAGAGCAUUCGGGGGGUUUCCUAGUGGAUUUUUACCGUUAGCUGCACCUACUAGCAGGACGGGUGAGGCCCCCCCUCGUGGGGGUUCUCUCUGA